GUGUACAACAGUGGUCACUACAGUCCCACUGUCCAGCCAGGCCCAGGUUAGUAUGCGACAGCCUGUUUCAAUGGCUAUGCAGCCGCUGCAUUAAGCACCUGGGCCCAUGCAGCCGAUGCAGUGGAUGCCCAAGAUACCUCURAUGAGUCCCAAGCCUUUCUCUGGAGACAAGAAGAGGGAGGAAGACUUGGACACCUGGGUGAGGACUGUGCCUACUUAUGUGAGGCACAAGCUCACAAGGCCAGAACAGGAAGUAGUAGUGGCUGCCUCCUUUUUAGAAGGAUCAGCAGCCCGCUGGUUGAAUGGCUUGGUGCAGCAACAGGGCUACGGUCAGGAUUUCGAUGCCUGGGCUCAGUCUCAGACAUUGGAACAGUUCGUACGGUCCGUCUACAACAGGUGGAAUGACCCGCAAGGGGCUCAAAAGGCCACCGAUGCUAUCGACAACCUUUGUUCCCGUAGGUUCAAGGAUGUUAGAGAGCUUACAUACACCGUAGAACGCCUUCUCGUGGUACUUGGUGUGCGUUUUGACCCGCAGGUUCUCCUAACGGAUUACCUAAGGUGCCUACCUACAGAGGACUUGCCGCGGCAAGAAAGUCACAACGAAGGUAGCCUCACCAACGGUGGUGGGCUUACCUUCAAACUCUGGAAGUGCUUCUGCGAGCAGCUCACAGGGAAACACCUCGGGCCAGUAGGAGUGUUAGCCGCUCUUACUCGCGCUGAAGUGGUAACAUUGCCUUCCCCACUUCAGGCGUUGGCCAAGGCUAGUGACCCACGUAUCGCCCCGCAGACACAUACAGACUCACCGACGCUCUGUUCGAAAGAUGUGUCUGAGGCCCUAGAAGAGUUAGAGACUGAGUGGUCAGGGAAGGACCCCAGGGAUUCUUGGGCGAUGAUGAGUGGAGGUCCAAAGGGUGAACAUUUCGUGGUAGAAGUAGAUGUAGGUGGCCGCAAGAUUGACGCCUUCGCAGACACAGGCUCUACACGAAAUUUCAUCAGUCGGGCUUGUGUGGAUAGAUUGUGCUUAGGGGACCAAGUGCAGGGGCUUAGCAGAACUGUAGCUUCUACGCUAGCCAACAAGCACAAGAUGGUAGUAAAAGACUAUGUCAAGGACGUAGCCUGUUCCUUCUCCUAUGGAGGAGGGGAAGUGAUCCACAAGAUCUCCUUCCUGGUUAGCAACGAAGUUCCUUUUGAUAUGCUCCUAGUUAUGUACUACCUCGAGGCUGCGAAACCACAGUUGGACUGGGAUAGAAAGCACGCGAUGAGUAGGAUCUUUCAUGACUACUUGGACAAGUUUAUCGUCGUGUACCUCAACGAUAUUCUCAUCUUCAGUAGGAUUGUAGAGGAGCACGCUGAGCACUUGAAAAUAGUGCUAGGUCUCCUAAGACAGCACCAGUACAAGGUAAACUUGGAUAAAUGCGAGUUUGGUCGCACCAAGAUCUUGUACUUGGGUCAUGAAAUUUCAGCAGAUGGAUCGAGGCCGGAAGAUGCGAAAGUGGCCAGCAUACGUGACUGGCCCAGACCUCAAACUGUUACUGAGGUCAGAUCGUUUUUGGGGAUGACGGGCUACUAUCGUCCGUUUGUGAAAAACUAUAGUACUAUAGCUUCCCCAUUGACAGAUCUUACUCGACUUGACACCCCUUGGGAGUGGACUGAAGAGUGUGAGGCAAGCUUCAAGCAAUUGAAGUAUGCUCUAACACACUAUGAAGUUCUCAAACUUCCCGAUCCAGAGAAGCCGUUUGUUGUGACAACAGACGCCAGCCAAUAUGGCAUUGGCGCUGUCCUUGCACAACAGGAGGGGCCAAAGUUGAAACCGAUCGAGUAUAUGAGUAAGAAGAUGCCUUCCAAGAAGCUAGCUGCGUCCACUUAUGAAAGAGAGCUCUACGCCCUAUAUAGAGCGCUAGUUCAUUGGCGACAUUACCUCCUAGGGAGAUUUUUCUAUGUGAGGUCUGACCAUGAGACUCUGCGCUGGAUUAAGACGCAGCCCGUGUUGUCUGACGCACUCAAGAGAUGGAUUCAAGUGAUAGAUAUGUAUGACUAUCAACUUGAUCCUAUCAAAGGUCCGUACAACAAAGUGGCAGAUGCGCUGUCAAGAAGGGCAGACUAUAUAGGCGCACUAGUAACUGAAUUCGACAUAUCUAAUGAUCUUACUCGAUCACUGGUGGAAGCCUAUCAGGGAGAUACAGUUAUGUCAGAGAUCAUUCGUAAAUUCCAAGCAAAGGACAAGAAGACUUUGGACAAAUUUACCAUGGUAGAUGGCUUGCUGUUCCGUGAAAAGUCAGGGUUUAAAAGACUGUGUCCCGAAUAGUGAGUCUUUGCGCAGUUUAUUUUUAGGAGAAUGUCAUGAUGCUGUAGGUCAUUUUGGUUAUAAGAAGACAUCAACAAACUUAGUACAGAAGU